GCCGUUAGUGGGAGACAGUUCAAACGUCGACCACACUUUGGGUGUAGAAGUGCUUCCGAACAUCUCUCUGAACAGUCUGGCCCCAGAGUGUUCUAGAAUCUCCAACCGGUUUAUCUUAAUCGACCCAGAACUGGCGUUUUCACAUCAAUCCAAACACAGGCCCCUUCAGAUUAUUUCUCACGAGCCUCUCAAAAUUGUUUUGCAGAAAAAUGAGGAGACCUCGAUGAGUGUCAUUGGAAAAGUUCGAAUUCAAUCUCCAUCGCUGCUGUAAAGUGAAGCGGGUAUUAGCGGAAAGUGAAUCAGGAGUUGUGGAGAUAGACGAUCCAGAGUUUGGGGAAGGAGAGAGUCCAGAGGUAACUGAGCCGGAGGAGACUGCAGCUGGGGAGAACGAACAGUACUGAGGGGGCACCGCACUGUCAGAGGGUCAAUACUGAGGGACUGUCGCACUGUCGGAAGUGAGAGACCACUUCAUUGAAAGCAAAUAAAAAUAUAAUCUAUCAAAGCAGACUCCCCCCUGGAAACUGAACUGUCCAUAACAGCAUCUGCUGCCAUUGUAACACCAGCCAAUUAUCCAAUGGGAGAAGUGAUCAAACAGGCUCGAUUAUCGUCCAGUUACCGGUGGCCUCCAGAGAUGACGAGCUGUGUUAAGAUCCCUCGGUCAAUGCUGCAUUGUCCACUCCUGAAGGACCUGAGCACUGGGCAGCAGAGAUACCUGUCCACCAUCAUCACCAUCUACAGGGCAGCACCACUCCGUAGGAGCCUACACCAGCAAUACAUCAACAGCCUGACGAGGCAGAUGACAUUGGGUUACAUUUCUGCUGCGGAAAUGGACAAAUUUCUGGAUUUUCUGAAAAAGCCCAAGCAGCAGCAGUAUCGCAAACAGUCUCCUUCUCUGGUCAGAACCGUCAAGAGGGCAUCCAGAGAACAAAGUCACUGCUCACAACUCAAAUCGAAGACAAAAGAGGGAGGGAAAAGAUAAAUAGCUUUUUCUGGAACCAGGUCAGACUGAAGAUCUGACACAAUUGAGGACCGCUGUGACUGGGAAUGAAUUGUGCCUUACCCGGCUGAGUGUGAAAGAAAGAUUGCAUUUCCCAAUAAAUUGAUUGGUGGUUCAUUGUCGUUUUCAUUAAGGAAUUCCUAUUAGAAGGCACAUUUCUCAACUUCAGGACAUUACUGUACCAAAUGGCUUCAAGGCUACAGAGGUGUUUUCUUUGAAGGGUGACCACUAAUGUGAUGAGAAUGAGGGGUCACGCAAUAAAAGCAGAAGUGAUGCCCAAUUUAUUUUCUCUGCAGGCUGAGAGCAUUUUGGUGACACACUUCCUGAAAAGGUGUUGGAGGAUGAUUCCUUGAAUAUGUUUCAGGCAGAAGUAGACAGAUCCUUGUUAAAUUUGGGGUUGCAAUUUCCAGCCAUAGAUGGCAAUGUGACUUUAUAAGUUACAGGAUCAGCCACGAUUGUUCUGAAUGGGGCAGCAGGGCUGAGGGGUUAGAGGAUCUCCUCCCACUCCUUGGUAGAACAGUGACAGUAAAUCCAAAGCAAAGCCACAAAAUGUAUAAUUCCUCAUCAGAAAGGUGGAAAAUCUAACAGCGUGGUGCUCCCUCAGUACUGACCCUCUGGCAGUGCGACACUCCCUCAGUACUGACCUUCUUACACUGCAUCG